CACAGGUUAAAGAGGAACAGGAGGAAUUCUGGACCAGUCAGGAGGGAGAGCAGCUUGUUGUGAAGCAGGAGACUGACACCUUUAUGUUGAGUCCUACUCAUGAGGAAAGUGACCACCAGCUCCUCUCUCACAGCUGUCAUGUAGCUGAGAGCCAAGAUCAGAAAGGAGGCGAGCAUGAAGACUUUUUUAGAGAGUUUGUCAGCGAGCGACUAACUGCUGCUGCUGAAGAAAUAUUCAGUGUUUUUAAAAACACUAUCGUCGAGUACGAGGAAGAGAUCGAUCGUCAGCGCAGACUGCUGGAUAUCAUUUGGAAACCCGAAAUAAAGUUACACAGGAUAGAGCUCCCACAGCAACAUGUCUGUAAGGAGGAGGAGGUUCUGGCUGACCAGCAGCUCUGGAUUCAGGAGAGGAUCCCCGGUCUGGACCAGGAGGACCCACAGCCUCCACAGGUUAAAGAGGAACAGGAGGAACUCUGGACCAGUCAGGAGGGAGAGCAGCUUGUAGUGAAGCAGGAGACUGACACCUUUAUGUUGAGUCCUACUCAUGAGGAAAGUGACCACGGUGAAGCAGAACUGAAAAGUGACCACCAGCUCCUCUCUCACAGCUGUCAUGUAGCUGAGAGCCAAGAUCAGAAAGGAGGCGAGCAUGAAGACUCAGGAUCAACUAGUGAUGCAGAGCCAAAACAAAAGAAUCAAGAUCACAACAGCAGAAGCCCCAGAAACAAUGUACACAAGUCUACCAUGUCAGAGGUUCACCAUGAUCCUCACACAGGUAAAAACUCUUUCACAUGUGACACAUGUGGGAAAGAGUUCCAGUACAAGUCACUAUUUCAAAGACACCUGAGAAUUCACACAGGUGAGAAGCCGUAUUCCUGUGACAUAUGCGGGAAAGACUUCAGAACCAAUGGUAACUUGAGAAUCCACAUGAGUACCCACACAAGUGAGAAGCCGUAUCCUUGUGUAACAUGUGAGAAAGUUUUCAGAUCUAGAAAUCACUUGGAACUCCACAUGAGAACGCACACAGGCGAGAAGCCGUUUUCUUGUGAAACGUGUAGGAAAGACUUCAGAACCAGCAGUCACUUGAAACUCCAUAUAAGAACCCACACAGGUGAGAAGCCGUACCUCUGCAAGAUCUGUGGGAGAAGAUUCAGUGCCCCUUUUCAAUUCAGAAGACAUGUGACAAUUCACACUGGAGAGAAACCGUAUUCUUGUGAAAUAUGUGGGAAAGCUUUAAGAGAUAGUGGUCAAUUGAAAAACCACAUAAGAAGACAACACACGGGUGAGAAGGACAAAGAUGUGUUGAUGAGUCUGAUUUGAGACGGUACAGAAGGCAGCAUGCAGACAAGUAAUCUUGUGUGUGUCACGCCGAUUGUUUAAAGGUCUGUUGUUAAGAAAGCGGUCAUUUCACAAGCUGUGUAUUUCACAAAUAGAAGCAGAACAGCUGAAGGAUAAAUACCCAAAAUUUCUGGAAAUAAGACGAGUGAAGGAGAAACGUGAUUAUGGAGAGAUAACGGCGAGUGCGUAAGUCACUGUCUGCUGUGUGUGUGUGUGUGAGAGAGAGUAGCAUAGGCUAAAACUAAACUAAAAGAGCAAGUUAUUAUUACCAAGACUUUGUUUUUACCUUUGUUACUGCUAGGCUAGCAGAUGCAAGUGCAGGACUAAGAGACGGAGGAGACUGGAGUUAGAGAAAAGAGGAGUAUUUAUUGCAGGAUUAAAGGGAUCGGAUAUUGAGCCGGGCAGAGCAGGCGGAGUGUGAGAGGCUGAGCAAGCAGAAUAUAUAUAAUAUAUAUAUAUAUAUAUAUAUAUAUAUAGGCUGUAUAUAAUAAACCAGAUCAGAACACAGAAAUAUUUUGGCGCCAUUUCCACGAGCGGAACUAAAACAACACUUUAUUAUACAAAAUUAGCUUGUAACGUUUUUAUUUUAGCGACUAAAUGUUCUUCCACAACAGGCCCAAUAGAAUUAUUUUAACAUGUUCAUCAUGUUGUUGUUUGUAGGCUAUUUAACUGUUUUGAUCUGUAAUGAAAUCCAGCAAAAGUUAAAUUAAUA